AUGCCAUCCAACGAAGGUCCCAACGUUCUUCAGAACACCCCCAAAGUUCUCAUCAUCGGAGGCUCGUACUCUGGUCUGGCAGCAACAGUAAAUCUUCUAGAUCUCUGUGAUGGGAAGCCACCUCGCUUUUCCUCUGCACCAGCAAAUGACAACUCCAAAUCAAUCUCCAAACUGCCUGUUGAUAUCACUAUUGUUGACGAACGCGAUGGCUACUAUCAUCUGAUUGGAAACCCACUAGCAUUUGCUUCCGACGACGCCGCCUCUAAGAGCUGGACCAGGUUUAGGGACAUUCCUGCCUUGAAGCUACCUAACGUGCGCUUUUUGCAAGGCAGUGUUGCCACAAUUGAUUGCGAGAAGAAAGUUGCAUGGAUAGUAGAUACUGUCACCGAGCAACGACGUCAAGAGCCGUACGACUACCUUCUUGUUGCUUCUGGUCUCAGAAGGACCUCUCCUGUUGUACCACAGGCAUUGGAUAGAGAUCAGUUCCUUGCCGAGGCUAGAACGCAUACGAAAUCCAUCAGAGAUGCUAAAGAGGGCGUGGUAGUCAUCGGUGGGGGUGCUGUUGGAAUCGAGAUGGCGAGCGAGAUAAAGGUUAUUGAGCCCUGGCAAAAGGUCACUCUCAUUCAUUCGAGAGAUAAACUCCUAUCUGCAGAGCCUCUGCCGGAUGACUUCAAAGAACGUAGUCUUGAAGUGCUCAAAGAGGCCGGUGUAGAGGUUAUCAUGGGACAGAGGGUGACCGACACAACGACUAUCAAGACCGACGCCGGUUCAAAAUCAUGGAGACUCACUCUAGCCAAUGGAGAGCAAAUUACGGCUGGUCAUGUCAUCACAGCAAUCUCAAGGAGUACACCGACAUCCGGUUAUCUCCCAGCCACAGCUCUGGACAAGCACGGUUAUGUCAAGAUCGACGCCUCACUAAGAUUCACCGGCGACGUUCCAAACUCACAAAGUCAUUUCGCAGCUGGAGACAUUGCCUCAUGGUCCGGCAUCAAGCGCUGCGGAGGAGCCAUGCACAUGGGUCACUACUGCGCCAUUAACAUUCACCAAGACAUGCUCAAGCAUCGCUAUGGCCAGCUGCCCACAUACAAGGAACUUUCAGAGUUCCCGAAUAUCAUGGGUCUUGCUGUAGGUAAGAAAGCCGUCAUCUUCGACUCGACAAACGGAACUUCUUCUGGUGAGGAUCUCAUGGGAAGCUAUUUCGGCAAUGAUCUUGCAAAUUCUAGUAUGUAUUGUUGGUCCUCGGUUGUGAGUCUCACAAUACUGACAUCUAUCACAGUCUGUUGGAACUAUAUGAAGCUUGGGCAAGCUAUCACGGUGUAA